AUGGAUAUUGAAUCACUUUUUGGAGUUAACGGUAAAAAAGUAUUGAUAACUGGUGGCUCAAGAGGAAUUGGUCUGAUGAUAGCCAAAGGAUUUGUAUCUAAUGGAGCUAAAGUUUAUAUUUCUUCGAGAUCUUCAAAUGCUUGUGAUCAAUUAAAAUUAAAACAAAUUAUACAAACGAAAAUGUUAUUAUCAGGCCCAGGUGAAGCAAUUAGUUUACCAGCAGAUUUACAAAAAUUGAGUGAAGUUAAAAGAUUGGUUUCAGAAAUUGAGAAAAGAGAAGAUGGAA